GGUAUGUAUCAGCUGUUCAGUGACAGUUCGCCAAUCGUAGAGGCUGUAGGAACCAUAGAAGCGCCAAAACAGAGGAAGAGGUUUAUUGUUUGGAAUACAACCGCAACAUGGCUAUCUGGUGAUUAAUAAUCGAGUGAUACGUCAAUAGACAAAGGAGCAGCGCGAUUCUCGUGACGAAGUGAAAGCAAUUCUCAUGACAAUUCGAACCACUUCGCGCGUGGCGUACAGUUCCGUUGUUCCGAACGAGGCAGUACGAGAGAAGAGAUAAGAUGUUGGAGCUCGAGGUGGUGCCCGAAAGGUCUCUUGGAUGCGAGCAGUGGGAAUUUAUUUUAGGUAUGCAUUUUUCUCAGUCAGUAUCAAUAAUACAAUCUCAAGUUGGCGUUAUAAGAGGAGUGCAAGUACUUUAUAGCGACAGUAACCCAUUAGAUGUAGAUCUAGUGAUAAAUUUACCUCACGAUGGAAUUCGACUUAUAUUCGAUCCCAUUGUACAAAGACUUAAGAUAAUUGAAAUUUACAAUAUGAAGUUGGUGAAAUUGAAGUACUGCGGCUUGCCGUUCAAUUCCCCAGAAGUGUUACCUUCGAUCGAACAGAUAGAGCAUUCUUUUGGAGCCACCCAUCCUGGUGUUUAUGACAGUGAAAAGCAGGUGUUUGUACUGAACUUCCGAGGACUGUCAUUUUACUUUCCAAUCGACUCAAAGUUCCAGCCCGGUUAUGCUCAUGGUUUAGGCUCGUUGCAGUUCCCCAACGGAACUUCUCCUCUAGUUGCAAAAACGGCGAUUUACAUUGGAAAUAUGCCAGCCGGUAGUAGCGAAGAACACGGCUCAAAAGCACCGCCGCCACCUCUACCACUCGUCUGUUAUCAUAACAAUUUGUACUUAGAAAAAGCUGAUAUCAUUAGAGACAAAACACGCACCAGAGGGCUCAGAUUGCAUCUUUUCACAGAAGGUAGUUCCGGAACGAGAGUACUGUUGGAACCGAAGAAACGAUGUUUAAUCAAAGAGGUAUUAUUCGGUGACACCUGUGAAGAUGUUUUAAGUGCACUUGGUGCCCCAUCUAGAGUAUUCUAUAAAGCCGAGGAUAAAAUGCGUAUUCAUAGUCCACACGCGCACAAGCGUGACAAAAUAAGACGUUCAGACUUCUUCUAUAAUUAUUUUACUCUAGGUUUGGAUGUUUUAUUCAAUGCCAAAACUCAAUGUGUAAAAAAGUUUGUACUUCACACAAAUUAUCCGGGUCAUUACAAUUUUAACAUGUAUCAUCGUUGCGAAUUUUCUUUAACUUUGCCUCCUGAGAAUAAUUCUACGGAAUCGGGAAAACUGAUCGAUGUUUCUCCGUCUCCUGUUACAAUCACUGCCUAUACAAAAUGGGAUAGAGUGAGCGAGCAACUGAAGGCAAGUGCACGUCCUGUGGUGUUGAAUCGUGCAUCUUCGACAAACACAACCAACCCAUUUGGUUGCACAUUUUGUUACGGUAUACGGGAUGCAAUCGUCGAAGUUAUGGCAAACCAACAUAUCGCGAGUGUAACUUUAUACAGAGCAGCGUGACGUUGAUAAUUUGCACGAAAUGACGCAUUAGAUUGCGAAACUUGAGACAACAGUAAUGAACGAUUAUUCAUGGUAAAGCUGCUUUAUCUUCUAAAGUCUUAAAUGUAGUGAAUCGAGGUAAGAGAGAGGGAGACAGAGAAAGAGAGGAAGAAAACGCUAAUGAAAUCAAGUCUGUUUACUUUACUUGCAUCUUCCGCAAUUGCAGUUUCUUGGUUAUUUUUCUCUCUUCUAUUCCCUGUUUUCUGUGCAAUAUCCUAACAUGUGUAAAUUCAUUUUACUUUACAUACAAAAAAUAUUAGAAGAGAUGUAACUAAAAUGAACAGACUAAAUUAAAAUGGAGAUGGUUAUACGUAAAGUAAUGUUGAGUAAAACGUAUAUUCGUGAGUCACUUGUGGAGUAAUUUUGAGUAUACAUUUGUAAAUGUAUUAGGAUAUAUUUUACACAUUUUACGAGCGCUAAUACAUUUACAAAUAUAUGUUUAAAGUCUUCAUUCGUUAUUAGUGAAUAUAUUUUGCCCAACAUACGCAUAGAAUAUUGAGCUUUUUUCUAAACUUAAUACUAUCACGAUUUUAGAAUACAAGAAUGUUAUAUAAUAAGUUAUGUAAAGCGUGAAUAUUAAAAUGAUAAAAAACCAGUGGUUAUAUAUAAGAUGUAUGAAAUUCAUAUAUUACAUUUCAAAACACUUACGUAGUUACAUGUGAGAUAUAACAUUUGUCUUCAAGUGUUUUCUCGCAGCUUUGAAUGCUUGAGUAAUUUUCAAGUUGAUUUUAUCUUAACGAAAAUUUCAUUAGGAACUAUUCUUUUGUAUGACUAAUCAUGAUUGUAAUAUUCAACAUUAAAUAUCUUGACUAAACAACUAGUUAUAUUAUAAUUAAACAAAGACUUUGUUACUUAUGUGUUUAUAUCUAAAUAUUGACAUCUUUUUAUCUAUAUUUAGAAUAUACUUCAUCUCAUUAAGAGAACCUAUUAGAUUAAAAAAGAAAGAAAAAAAACAACAUUCUUUCAAGACUUACAUAUUUAUACAAAAUCUAUAUUUUAUCUUAUGUUUUAUAAGUAGGUAGCAAGGUGUAAAAGAUAUAAUGACAUUCAACUAAAUUUAAUAUGGUAUUUUCAUCCUUUGUUGUCAUUAUACAAUCAUAAUAAUAAGACAAUUGUAAUCGAUAUAAUUUAUAUUCGUAAAUCUUUUAACCAGAUAAUUAUAAAGACAAAACAAAAAAAGACUAGGUCAGAAGUAACAUAUAAAUUUUUAUAGAUGAAAUAUUCUUUCUAAUUAAUUGUAAGGAUUGUUAUGACUAAUUAACAUAUGAUAUUAUCCUUAGAAGAAAUAAGAGGAUAAAUAUCCGACUUUCGUAAAACAAAUUUUUUAAUAUGGAUAUGAAAAACUGAAAUAGAUAGAAGUGGUGUGUUAAUAAUUAUAAAAUAUAAAACUAAAAAUAAAUCUAAUUAUAACACUGCGAUUGAUAUUAAGAUUCUCCGAUAAGUUAUAUUAAUAAUUUUGAAUUGUAACAUUAUGUAACAUUAGGAACGAGUAAAAUGUAAAGAAAUAUGAAAGAGAAGAAUUCUUGCAGCCAAGAUUCACAUAAAUGUGGGUUUUUCCCGUCAACAAAAUACUGACUAAUCAAGCAAGCUAAAAUACAAGCUGUCUUUUUUUAAAUGGCUCUUUGAAUUUUAAACUGUUUUUAUGACUAAUAUUUAUUUGCAUUACACUUAUAUGACACAUAUCGAAUGGGACAUAUUUCUUUUCAAAAGCCUGUCUAAAUAAAAUUUGCAAGAAUUAUUCGCGCAUAAUUCUUUAUGAUUUCUUCGUUUUAGAUGUUAUAAUACGAGCUACACAUCAAGAAUUUUUAAUCGCUUAUUGUAGACAACAUUGGCUAAAGAAACUGUUAUACUGUGUACAUUACGUAUCGUGUUGACAUCGCUUGAUUUUGCUCUUUAUAAAAUUGUAAGUUCUCACUCCCAGCACAAACAUAGCGUAACUGAGCGAUGAAGAAAUUAAUAAAUUAUAGUAAAAGUAUGAGUCACACUAUCUAACGUAAUAAAAAUAUUUGUUGUAUCUAUA